AUGGACGUCACAAAACCAGACCCGGAUGCCGAGGGUGUCGUCAUGCAACAGAGUUAUCCCUCGCCUAUGGUCGACAGCGCCGAUGCCCAGUACUACCAGCUUGCCAACCACCGCGGACACGAUGGGCAGAUGGCUGCUCAUCAAGGGGGGCAGGAGGUGCCGGAUGGAUUGCCGAACUUGGCGGCGCAUCAGGAGCAUCAUGAGCACGAGGAACAUCACGAUUUGCAUGAGCUUCAAGAGCUGCAGGAGCCACCUACACCGCAGCAUGAUUCGAGGCCACAGGUCAGCGCGGAUGAGCUUCAGCUUGCGGCUCAGUUGACGCAGGGCUUGACGCAGGGGAUGAACCAGAUGAUGGCGCCGGCUGAUAUGGCGACUGUGGAGAGCGAGGUGCAGGAACAGCAACCGUUGCCGCAGCAGCUGGGGGAGGAGCAUCAGCAGCAUCAGCAGCAGCAAGCGGAGGUGCAAGCUCCAUCGGUGCCGAACCUUCAGGAGCAGCUCGAGGCCUCGCUUCAGAAUCACGAGCGGGAACUGCAAAACCAAAAUCAUAAUCUUCAGAACCAGAACCAUGAGCAUGAGCUCCAGGAUCACAACCACGAGCUCCAGGGCCAUGAACAUGAACUCCAGGCUCAUAACCAUGAGCUGCAGAACCAUGGUCUUCAGGUUGAGAAUGUGAUGCCGCAUCAUGAGCAGACUCAGACACAGCACCAUUUUCCUCAGAAUCCGCCGCCGCCGCCACAUCUCCCGACGCAUUUGUCUAUGGAGCACAUGCCCAGUGUGCACCCGACAUAUCAGAUGCCGGAUAAUACUCCGCCAAGGAAGCGAUCCAAGGUAUCUCGGGCCUGUGAUGAGUGUAGGAGGAAGAAGAUCAAGUGUGAUGCGCAGUCGGAAGCGAGUGAACAAGCGUGUUCGAAUUGUCGAAGGUCUAGUGCUCAGUGUCUGUUCAGUCGGGUCCCUCAGAAGCGUGGUCCGAGUAAAGGUAGGUACAUCAAAGAACUGGCCGACAGGAUCAACUCCAUCGAAGGGAAGCUCAACAGCAACGUGGCUGCUGACGGGUUGGAAGAUACCACCCGCAGGUCAUCCUCUGAUGCCUUUGCCUCCCCAGUCCUGGGUGACGACGGUCGGAAGCGUCCGUUUUCGAGCAUCUCAGCCGAUCCCUACGCUACGGCUGCUUCUCCAAAUCGUAUCCCAACCACAUAUGGUACCGAACACAGGCCAAUAUUACCCUAUGUUCACCCAGACUUUAGGCCGCCGAAUCCAGCCAGCGCGAAUGAUUUGGCGCUGAAGACUAUGCCCCCUUUGCCUACCUUUCCUUCGGGCAACGAGCUAGGUCUACAGUCUCAGACAGCAGAUGGGUUGAUGGAUUCAAUAUCACCCAAUGGAACCACUGAUCAAAGUCAUCAACCUGACCACCACCAGCAGCAGCAGCAGCAGCAGCAGCAGCAGCAGCAACUUCCCGAAAUCGAUGACGCGACCUUUGAUAAAUAUCUCGAGUCUAUUCACCCUACGUUUCCUGUUUUGGCUUCUACAAAGGCUCGUGUACAGUCAUUACUCUGGCAAGCGAGUUUUCCAUUACAAAAUGCCUUCCACCAGGCUUUCUUUGCAAUGAUACGGCCUUUCUCACCAGAAGUUCCAGGAGGGGAUUUGAUGGUAGCCAGUCGGCUUCUUUCCGCCGAACUCGCUCAAGGGGGGAGGUCACCGCCAGAGGAUUUACUUACGUUGCAGGGGUUAAUAAUGUUGAUUAUUGCUUCUGACUGCCAGGGUGUGUCAGCUGGAACUGCAAAAUGGAAGAAUGGGGUCUUCGGACAAGCGGUUGGUCUGGGAUGGGCGAUGGGGUUGCAUACGAGGCGGGUGCCAGAGGUGGAGGAGGAGGGGUUUGAUCCGAACAGUGAUGAUAAUGUUGGGUUGAGGGCGUGGUGGGUGCUGGUUACGUUGGACAGGUGGGAUGCGGCGGGGAGGGGGAGGCCGACGUUUAUGCCGAAUGACACGGUUGUUGUGUUGCCUGGGUUGAAGGCGGUGGUUGGGGAGGGGGUGUGGGAGCUUAUAAGACUCUCACACGUGCUGGGCUUCUUAAUCCCUACGAUCUCCACAAUGAGAAGCUCUCUCGAUCCCUUUGCGGCUUCGGCAUCACUCGUCAUGACGGAGAACUAUGCCCUUAUGGCAGCGGAGAUGGUGAGGCUGGCGUUUCCAACGGGGGCGGUUAGCACUGGCCCUGUGGUGCAAAUGGCCUAUUGGCAUGUUCAAAUCUUACGGCAGCUGGUGGGUGCCUCUCGCGUACCGUUGCGGAUUUUGGAGGCGUGUAAGAGCCAGGUAUCGCUGCUGGCGAAUAGUCACGAGGUUGUUUGUCCUUUGACGCAUCACUUUUUGGGACUGGUAGGAGUGGCGCUUGUGGAGCUGGGAAGGGUAAAGGAAACGGAAGGGGAGGCAGGGGAGUUGGUGGGGUAUCUGUUGGAGUAUAGGAUUGCGGCUUCGAGUUGGAAUGAAGAGGUUAGGAGAGGGUUGGAAGGGGUGAGGAGGGGGAAGGGGUUGAGGCGGUUGGCGGAGUUGGCUACGGGGGAUGGGCAGGGGAGAGGGGAGAUGGGGAGGGUGUUGGGGGAAGGGUAUUUAUCUUUUUGGGAGAGGAGUGAUGAGGAGGGUCGUGUAGAAGAGGCAGAGGGGCAUGGUCAGCAGGAGGAGCAGCAGCACCAUGGGGAGGUACAGCAGCCCGUGGCCCCACUACAGGAGGCCCAGCAAGGACAGCAGGAGGAUGUGGUCAUGCAUGAUGAGCCGGAUCCUGGGCAGGCACAACGAGCGCAGGAGGAUGAGGAGAGAGCUGCUCAUGCUGCUGCUGUUGCGGCUGUUGCUGCUAUCAACAGUGCUGGCUUGUCUGCUGCUGGCGAGGCGGAGACGAUUCCUGCUCCGGUUGGGGAAGGUAGUGUGUCUAAGACGGAAGAGCAGCAGUUACAAUCUCACCCGCAGGUAGAAGGAGGGCAUCAAGGAGCGGAUAUUGGGUUGGGACUGCAGAUGGCGUUGGGGGUGGCUCCACCACCGGCGGCUGUUUAG